AUGGAAGUCUCGGCGACCAGUUACAAGCCCUUUAUGAGUGCAAGGUUUCGUGUGGAUCCACCCGACAGACACCCAAGUGGACCAACCAGCCCUCCUUUGAAUCGGCUCGGAGUGGAUGCAGUGGAUGAACAAAUUCAAAAUAUAGAAACACUGACUGCGAAAGUUCAAUCCCAUCGUGCAAAUCUGGAUAGCGUAAUAGGACAGUUUCAAAAAUCAGAACCUUCCGGAAAUCGAACGUUGCAGGAUACUCUGACUGAUUUGAAGACAAUGUUGGAAUCCCGUAAAUGGCGUCUGGAGAGGCCAAAACGAUACCAAAUGAGCCUACUUCUGAUCGACCCCGAUAGAACCUCGCCAGUGGCAAAACAGGUACUUUUAUUCAACGAGAUCAACAUUCUGUGCGCACAAACGAUCAAAAUGGCAACCGAAUUGAAAAUCCUUAUAGACCAGUUCCUAUCCGACCCAAAUACAUCCAGCCCCAGUUACCUUUCUGACCCGGAAGGGAUUGGACAACUGGAACCAGAUGAGACAUUUUAUUUGAUGGACGCCAUGCGUGACCUGGGGCGGGAGGAGUUGAACCGACGUAUCACUGAAGUUCGUCACCGGAAAAUGAAUGAGAACAAUGCCAGGCGGAUAGGACAGGAUACAGACCGAACAUUGCGGGAAACCAGAAAACUAUUCUACGAUCUGAUUCAAGGCUGUGAAAAAUGUCUUCUCUAA